AUGAAGAUCAAAAUCGCCGUACUCAUCACCUUGCAUAUCCUACCUGUGCUUUCCAAGUCCACAGGAGAUCCAGAUUACCAAAUUCAAUGUCCCAGUCUUCCACCCAAUCAGCAUGUCUCCCGUCUUCACUGCAAAAUGGCCGAUGGCUCUCUCAUCCAUGUUUAUGGCCCAGGACCUUUCGACUGCGAAAUGUUCUACGUCGCCGUCCGUCCCCAGACAGUCAAAGGCAACAAGAACCAAGAUUUAGAAGAAACGUCAAACGGAGGUUCUGAAAAUUGCGAGCUUCUUCUCAUCAAGUUUACUGAUGAUGUUGUCCAUCACGGUUGCUGUAAAGAUGGAGUCGCUGUCUUUGCACCACAAGAGCAUCAUGUCCCGAGUCCACAACCUAUAGAUCCGAUUGAUGAGAGGCAAAAGCCUAUACAGCACUUGCAGAAAGACGAUCAUAUAAUGGACGACAAGGUCCAGACUAAGAGCGAAGAAGGGCUCAACGAAGAAGAUGAUUAUGAUGACGAUGGCGAAGGACCCGAUGAGGGAGGGGAAGAUUAUGAGUAUGACGAUGACGAUACAGAAGAGGAGAGCGAGGAGGAUGAGGAUGGAGAUGAGGACUACGAAGAUUAUGGCGUUGAUGAAGAUAUCAAUGACGAAAAUUCACCAGACUCUGGGGCUGGACAGGAGCCUGAAGCGCAACAGGACAAUGAGUUCAAGGAUCUUUAG